UUCUCUUCUUCUCUUCAAACCGUGGGAACUUGCUUGCCGUGGGAAUCGUUUGGGAAAGACAAACUUUUGCAACGGAAUUCAUUCCCACGCUGCCUUAGCAUAGCUUUACCUUAACAUUCUUAUGCACAAUAUACUUGCUCUUCUUAUGUUCCUUUUACUUCUUUCUUGUUUCUCUUCUCCUUCGUCUUCUCCUUCUUCUUCUUUUUGCCUCAUCUUGUGCUUCUGCUUCAUCUUAUGCUUCAUCUUUACAAUCACCACCACUAUUAUUAUUAUUAUUAUCAUCAUCUUCUUCUCCAUUGGUAUUAACAACAAACGGCCCUUGGACCAAAAAAAGCGAACGCUUUACCAAUUUGAGUUUCACUUUAACUAAAGUCUCUCAACCAACAACAUCACAACUUGCCUUAUAACCAACAACCAAUAAUAACAACAACUUACAGUUAUAACUUGAAACUUUUACAUAUUUCUUUUAAAACUUUUAUAUCCAACGUUUGCCUUAAAUUAUAAUUGAUAUAAUUUAACAAUUUAAUACAUUUACUUUGUGUAUUUCAAUAUUAUUUCAACUUUAUUUCAUCUUUAUUACAACCACACAACAACACAACAACUUCACCAUGAAAUUACCGAUUGUUAAAGCUGAUCCUCUAUCCAUUGAGAUCCCUAAGAAACCUCCUGGUAAAUCUGCCUCUGAACAUCGAAGAGCUACUAAACCAAUUAUGGAAAAACGAAGACGAGCCAGAAUUAAUAACUCUCUGGAACAAAUUAAAACUUUAAUUCUCUUAGCCUUAAAUAAAGACCCAGCUAAACAUUCAAAAUUGGAAAAGGCUGAUAUUCUUGAGAUGACUGUUGAAUAUCUUAAAAGUCACAAUACUGUUCAACCUAUUGACGAAUCAUCUGCAAUUAAAAGUUAUAAAGCUGGUUUUGACGAAUGUGCCUCAGAAGUUCAAAGAUUUGUUGAAAUUGUGCCUGAUAUGGAUUCAGCAAUGAAGAAACGAAUCAAAUCUCGUCUCAGUAACUUCCCAUCUUUAAAUAUCGUCAACAUUAACAACCUCAAUAAAAGCAACAACAACAAUAACUUUGUAUCAUCAACCACCUCAUCACUUUCAUCCACUGGUCAAUUAUCACCUGCACUUAGUCCACUCAACAUGAAAUCCGAACCAAUUGAACCUUUAACCGUUAAUCGUGAUGCUCUCACAACCAUCUCAUUCAACUUUAACAAUUUAAAUGAAAAUACAAGUGAGCUCGGGUUAACACCUCCAUCAUCAGCAAAUUCACAAGAAGUCUUCAGUUUUCCACCUCAUCCUAAUCAACAUCAUCAUCAAUAUCAUUUCAAUAGAAAUUAUAAUCUAUCUCCUAUUUCACCGCAAUCAUCCACCGAUGAUGGAAUGGACUGCACUCCUGUAGAUUGUUCAAAAUCAUCUAAAUUAAAUUUUGAAAUUGUUUGGAGGCCUUGGUAAAUUAAGUGUCUUACCAAAUUGGAUUAUUCACCACCGGUGCCUUAAAUAAUCAGUUGUAGUUGAUUGUUAAUUCACAAUUUGAUACAACAACAACGACAACUUAAGUAAAUAACAGUAAAUUAUCAAUCCAUCCAGAUGAUUGAAUUAUCAGAAUCAUCGUGACAACCAAAGUUAAAUGCUUUACUGUAUAAUUUAAACGAAAUGUAAUAUAUAUAUAAAUAAUUCAAAAUUAUAAAUGCAAAUAUAUAAAUUUAUGUAAUUGUUUUCCAAACCAAAUGAUGUUCAAAUGAUUAUAACUCAAAUGUUUAUGAUUAAAAAAAAUUUUAAUUCACCUAAA